AUGAACUCCUCUGUGCUCAACAUCUCUCACAGACCCGACAACUCCACUGUUGGAGAGAUGACAGUGUAUGAGCAAUGCAAACACAUGCCUGCUGUCCUCAUUUGGUACUUGUGCUUUCAGUUUAUCAACAUGUUCCUGGGCAUACCUGCCAAUCUCACCGUGCUGUGGCUCAUCCACAAGAACAAAGACUCCUCCUCCUCAGAUAUCUUUAUCUUUCAACUGGCAAUAUUAGAUAUGCUCUUCUGCCUCAUCCCUCCUCUUGAACUGGCCAACCUAGUCUUCCUCAAUACCAGCAGCAUUAGGUACAUCCUGCGCUUCUUCUACGGCCUGAAAGACUUCUCACCACUGUUUCUUUCCUGCAUCAGCUUGGACCGGUACGUAGCUGUGGUCCACCCCAUCUUCUUCUUAACUCAGCUCAAGGGCCGGCAUCACAGAACAGUAGUGGCCAUAGUGGUCUGGCUCAUCAUUUUGGCCUGUACUGCUGCUUAUUGUGUAGACAAGAUUCCCAACUUUAUUAAGGUCUUCCGAGCAAUGAUAUCUAUAACAUUUGUUUUCAUGGUCUUCUGCAACAUUGCCAUUCUGUGGGUGCUGCGGCAGUCUGUGCCCGGCACGGAUGAGAUGCACCCUGUGAAGAAGAGAGCCUUCAAAAUGGUCCUCAUCAUCCUGGCCAUAACAGUGUUCCACUACCUUCCACCUGCGGCACUGUUCAACUUAGAGAAAUAUUACUCUCCUGACGUGUUUCAAUGCUAUAUUAACUUCUUGGCUUUCAGCUUGAUGAAUUUCAGCAGUAGCACUCAACCGAUGCUCUACCUCUCCAAGGAAAAGAUGCCACAGAGCCUCAACUGCUGUCACAGCUGCACCCCUCAUUUACAAUAG